AACCCUUCCGCGUUACCAAACUCCGCAACAGGGCGAUCCAACUGUGACUCAAACUAUUGAAUCCCUGCAUCAUUCAAGCUCCAUACACUGAUCAGUGACGACAUUUCAGGAAGUCGAGUGAAAUUUCUUUCAGAAUCAAUUAAAGUCGCCCAGUGGCUCACUGAAGCUUUAACCAUGGCGGGAGUACGACAAGGUUGUGUGCUGGCCCUUAUUGUUUUAAGCUGUGUUGCGGGAAAAGGCAAAAGUUUAGACGUUUUCGUCCCGCAUUUAAUCGAGGUCUACAGCGGCCGAAGUAUCACAUUUGACGUCAUUUACACGCCCUACACGACAAGCGAUGACGUCACAAUUAACGUCACAAAACAAUCACAGAGAUUCGCUGUCAUUGAAGUGGCCAAUGACUCGAUGGCAGAGAUCCAGCGUUUCGGGACCUGGUCCAGACGAGUCAAACUUGCACAAAAGAAGGAAAAGUUCUUCGUGACGUUGGAUAAGGUUGCCGUUGCUGAUGAAGGCGAUUAUAAUGUCACGGUCAAGGUCAACGGUGUAUCUAAAGAAAAACGCAUGCAUAUUGGCGUUCUAGAGUACCCUUCGGAUGUUAACAUCGAAAUCAUCAAUCAAAACCCCGGAUCCUACCCAGAGACAACACCAGUACAGUUCAUGUGUAGCGGAGUCGGUGGAAGGCCACUAGGGGAGAUAACUCUCGCACGAAAAACUUUAGGCGAUGUGGAUUAUGUCCCCUUGGUGACUGAUCUCUUGAACAAAACGGUAGCUGGGCGAGAAUUUAACUACACGUUUCAACGACUGGUGGAUCAGCAGGAUAACGGUUCCUUGUACGUGUGCCAAAUACAUAAAGGGCCGUUCUUCCUGAAAACUGGACCCCUUAAGCAGAGUUCUCCCGUGGAAUUAUCGGUAGAAUGUGAGUACAGUUAA